AUGUAAUAACCUGGAGAAGAUAUAGAUUAAUUUAUACUUGGCUACAAUAAUUAAACUAACAACUCUUUGAUUUAGCCCAGCACCAAUCAAGAAUAACUACUAGCGCAGAAUGCUCGACUUUUACAACAAUUACAUGAAUAACAAAGGAUGCUCAAUUUAUAGAGUCUCUUCACUCAGAACAUGCUUCAUAAUCCAUAUCAUAAUUAGUAAAUGACACAGAACAGCAAAAAGAUUAAGAGGGCAAAAUCUACUUUGCAACAUAUUUAAUCGAAUGCCAGUUUGCGAGACCAACAACCUUAAAUUUAGGAUAUUAAAGGAAAUGUUAAAAAUGCCUAUAUUAAGAAAAUCACAUCCCUAUUAUGUGUUGAAGGAGACAAAUUGCUUGACGAGGAAUUGCAAGAGGAUUUAUAAGAGGAUAGUUCCUCUGAAGAGCUUUCAAAAGAGAAGAAAGGUGGAUUGGCAGGAUUGUUAGGCUCUGCAAAUGACCUGUUGAAUGAGGGGUCUAAAAACAAACGUCUGAGAUAGAGUGCCAAGAAAUCACGAUUGAGAAAGAAGGUAUAUCUGAAGUUAUUAGAGAAAAAAGUAUUGUAAUGCAUUCCUAUUUUAAGGUAACCGAUUUGGAUCAGAAAAUACAGGAGUACAAAAAAACAACCAAAAAGUCAUUUGAAUAUCUGACACAGCUCUUGAUUUCACAUCCGAUACUUAAUAGCAUGAUUAUUGGAAAUUCUAAUGCAAUCGAUCAAAUCAUGCAUUGCAAUCAACCAGAAUAAGCCCAAUUGAUUAUUGAUUCUUAUAUGGUAGUAUUGUGAAGAAACUAUAGUUUAGAUGAGAUAUGGGACUUGCGGCAUUAAAAGAAAAGAUUAUAUGAAAUACGCCAUCAAAAAUAUCCAGAGGAACUUCUUGAAAGGAAAUUACGGAUUAUUGUUAAUAAGUACCAAUGAUGGAGGGAACACUUGUAAGUGAACACAUUAAUUUAGAUGAUGAGGAAUUCAAUAAUUAUGUUGAGAUUGUAAAGAAAUAUACAAAAAUAGAAGACAAUAAUCUAAUAUACAAGGUACUCCCAAUUAUAGAUAAAUUGUUGAAUCAUCGCAAAGUAUCUUAAAAGUAUGUUCUGUUUUAAGUAUAUAGGUAUUUACUCCAAUUAAACAAAGAAAUGAAGAAUUUGAAAUUAAUUUAAUAGGAAGUGGAUGAGACAGUGAGUUAAUUUACACAAUCCUUGACAUUUAUGCAGAUGGUGGAAUUUAUCAAGGAAGUUGAGCGAUUGCGGAAUUUUAAUAGAUCUCAGUUUUGA